AUGAUACAUAGUGUAACAAUUAAUGAGCUUAUAAAGCCCAAGUACGCAUUUAUUACAACGGGAGUAUUUUUCAUUAUUUUUGGUUAUUUACUGCUGGAUAUGCACUUAGUCAGGAUAGGGAAUAUCUUGCUGUUUAUUUAUGCUACAAUGUGUAUUAAGUCUUUAGACCAAUUUCGUGUUAUACUUUUAUUUUUUAUUGGUUUUAUUAUUUCAUUUUGGGUUAUAAGCCUGGGCAUCCUUAUAGAGGCAGUGGCUCUGAUUAUUUGGAGUAUUUCCGGGUUACGUCGGGUUAUUAAUUCCCCUGUCAGGAUAAUCCAUUCAUUAUUAAAAAAUAAAUAGG